GGGUGUUUCGACAGUACGUCAUUCCAACCUUUUCCACUGUGGAGUUGCCUUUUUGGUUAAUUUGAGGUACGUGGCAAAUAUUGUUGUGAUAAUUACCCCCCCCCCCCCUCCACAACAGGAUGAGCUCCGUUGAGGUGAAUGAUGAGAAUAGUGGCAUCUGCCCCAGAGGAGGAAAGCACAGAGGCACAAGCGAGGACAUUUUCGAACUAGAGCAGCCGACCGGGAGGCCGUCCAUCCUGCGUCAGACGGAGAACCUCCCCAGCAAGACUGUGCCGAAGAGUGUGAAGGUUUGUUUCCAGACUCCAAGAAGAGACCCAGUCACGAAAAGGAUUAUAUCUCCUACAAAGUUGGUUAAAAUGACAAGUGUGGACGAGUGCACAAAAGUAAUGAAGUCCUUGACUUUGGACUCGACAAAUAGUGCUUUGCCACAAGAGACAUCACAGGAACUGGAUGGUCCCAUAGAAGAACUAUCCUCCUAUCCCGACGAUGACAUGCCAAUACAAAGCAAAGGAGAUUACCAGUUGGACUUUGACAACCUGGACAACAUGAACCCUUUCAAAGGUUCAAAUAAAAUGUUCCUCUCACCCCCGAGGCCUCCAAUUGAGAACCCUUCUCCCAAACAGCCAGACAAUACAUGUGUGGAACCCACCAACAAGUCGGAUUCGACAUUAGAUGAGACUCUUCCCUUCACCCGCUCUGUAGACAACUCACUCGUCAAUGUCUCCAAUGAGGUCAGCUCAGCAGACAGCAGCGUGGUCACCAUGGUGACGGUUGUAGCCGUGGAGCAAGAGUCGCGCAGCGCCAUACCCGGUGAGGUCCCCGCCAAGACAUUCUACAGAGGCGAUAAAAACAAACCUUCAAACAGUUUUGUGGAAGAUGCACCUCUGCCUUCAAAAGGAUCCUACAACAUUGAUUUUGACAUUGACACAAUGGAUCCCUUUAAACCUGGGGGCCCCAAAAUCCAGAAUUCCCCUGUCCUGGUGAAGAAAGCACCAGAUCAUGAAUCCCACACAGAGGAGGCCCAGCUAAAGCCCGAAGAUGAAGAUGUACCCCUUCAAGUAGACUUAAAGCCCAUCGCCUCUCUGAGCCCUGCUCCAUCUGACGCUCAAGGGACCGAUGCGGAACCCCGAACGGCGGCCCCGCCCAUCAAGCAACGCCCGGUCAAGCUAGAGUUAGACUUUAAUGAUGGUGAGCUCAAACAGAAGCCUCGGCCCAAAAAGUUUGGCAAAGGACCACAUAGGCUCAAGCCCGAAGAGGGGAAGGCCGACACCAAGGUGCCAGCAGUUGACGCAGACAAGUUUCCCGCCAGUGAUGACACAGAUGCGAGCGCCCCCAAAUCCUUAUACUCUUUAGACUUUGAAAAACUGGACAAUCCUGACUUUAACCCCUUUGGCACAAAGUCCAAUAUCAACAACUCUCCCAAGAGCAGCCUGUGCACUAGCCCUCCACAUAACACAACACACAAGGCACCUGCUCGUGCCAAUGAGAGCAUGUCCACAGCUGAAGCGCACACUGGAGUGCUACAAGAGCAGACAGUUGACAAGACUGCUUGUGACAACAAUCAUGGUUUGCCACCCAAAACUGAAAGGCCUACAAAUAAUUUUUCCGAACAACAACUACAGACUAACUUGUCAAAUUUCGAUGAGGAUUUUGUGCCUGGGACUGAGUUUAUGUCCAACAAUUUUGAGGAACAAAUCGACUACCUUGAACAGUUUGGCUCAAGCAGCUUCAAGGAGUCUGCACUGCGCAAACAGUCCUUGUACCUUAAAUUCGACCCCCUCCUGAGGGAGAGUCCAAAGAAGUGUGGGGGAGGCCCUGUUGGUCCACUACAAGCUCCUCGGCCUACUUCUCUCAUGUCCCGGUUUGAAACUCUACCAACAGCUAGCGACUCUACGACGGCUCCUACUCCCCAAAUACUCAAGAGCCUCGUCCCAGCUUUCUCUCAGCCUGCCAGCACAGAGGACAUCAUUGAAGUGCUCAAAUACAGCCAGAAAGACAUGGAAGCAGCCAUCGCCAAAGUCCAGGCUGAGGCAAAGGGAAAAGAGGAGCAAAUGUGUGCAAAGUACAAUCAGUUACAAGACGAUGGUCAGGAAAUGAGGAAAAUAAUAGCAGAAUUUGAGCUCAUCGUUGCAAAAAUGAUAGCGGACCAAGAGAAGGAGCGCGAGGCUUCCCAGGCCAAGCUGGAUGAGGUCCUGUUGGAGAAGGAGCAGGUCUCCAGUGACCUCAACGCCAUGGAGAGGUCCCUCUCUGACCUUUUUAGACGGCUGGACAAGUACAAGGAGAUCAUCGAGGGUUACAAAAAGAAUGAGGAGACCCUGAAAGUUUGUGCUCAGGACUACCUGGGGAGAAUCAAAAAGGAGGAGAAGCGGUACCAGACCCUCAAAGCCCACGCUGAGGAGAAAAUUGGCCAGGCCAAUGAGGAAAUAGCCGAGGUGCGCUCCAAGAACAAGACGGAGGUGUCUGCGCUGCAAGUCCAGCUGCGGCGUGAGCAGAUGAAGGUGCACUCGCUGGAGAAGAACCUGGACCAGAAGGUGAAGGAGGCUGAAGAGCUGACCAAACUCUGUGAUGAACUCAUCAGCAAUGUCCAGAAAGGCUGAGUGACUUCACUUGUACAUGUUGUAUGUCUCCUUUUACUGUGGGUCUCAUCACUUUUCAUUCUGUUGUGAAGUUACGUUUGUCUUUUGUCAAUGUUUUUAAAAUACUGUACAAUAAGAGUAAAUAAAGAGGUUUAACCUGUGCAAAUUGCUUGUUUUCCCUUGUCAGUUUUGAAUUUUGUUAGUUAGCCCUGUCAUGCACAGCAGCCAUUAUAGUACAGUACAAGUAUUCAAAAGCUGUUUUCUUCGACAGGCAUGAGACUUGAUUUAAUUUUGGUGACAGGGCAACAUUGUAAUGUAAUAACCCUAUAUUUAGAUGUUCCUCGCCUACUGCACUUCUGGACUUGGAUUUUGGUUUUUUGCAGUUGCAACAGUUUAUACAUGUUUGUCAAUAUCUGCCUUCAACUUGAUGGCAAAAGGUACAUACUGUAAUCAACAUGUAUAUUCCAAUUUUGACACUUGUUUGGUGGUAUGCCAUAGGACUUUUUUCUCAUGUAUAUGUGCCUCGGCUCAAUAAAGGGU